UUUCGGGGUCGCUUUUGUGCUUCCUGCACGCGGAAUCCAGGCGGGCUGCCGGAGUUCCGCGCCUGCAGACCUGCAGAGGGUUCCGCCACUGGGGGAUGUGGCCAGGCGUCCCGCCACCCGUAGUGGGACGGAGGAAAGAAGCAAUAGGGGUUGCUCAAAUGCAAGGGGACCCAAACCUUAGUGCUUCCCUUAUUGACAGAACCAUCAAGAUGAGAAAAGAAACAGAAGCUAGGAAAGUUGUUUUAGCCUGGGGACUCCUAAAUGUAUCUAUGGCUGGAAUGAUAUAUACUGAAAUGACUGGAAAACUGAUUAGUUCAUAUUAUAAUGUGACAUACUGGCCCCUCUGGUAUAUUGAGCUUGCCCUUGCAUCUCUCUUUAGCCUAAAUGCCUUAUUUGAUUUUUGGAGAUAUUUCAAAUAUACUGUGGCACCAACAAGUCUGGUUGUUAGCCCUGGACAGCAAACACUUUUAGGGUUGAAAACAGCUGUUGUACAGACUACGCCUCCACGUGAUCUGGCAGCAACCCAAGUCCCUCCCUCUCCGCCUUCUCCUUCAAUUCAGGGGCAGAGUGUGUUGAGUUAUAGCCCGUCCCGUUCACCCAGUACCAGCCCCAAGUUCACCACCAGCUGUAUAACUGGAUACAGCCCUCAGCUACAAGGUCUGUCAUCAGGUGGCAGUUCUUAUAGCCCUGGAAUGACAUACUCGCCCAUCAGUGGUUAUAAUAAGUUGGUGAGCUAUAGUCCCUCUCCUCCUUCUCCAUACCCUACCACUGUGGGCCCUGUGGAGAGUGGUGGACUGAGAUCUCGCUACCGUUCUUCACCUACUGUCUAUAACUCUCCUACUGACAAAGAAGACUACAUGACAGACCUACGAACAUUGGAUACUUUUCUUCGAAGUGAAGAAGAGAAACAGCAUAAAGUUAAGCUGGGGAGCCCAGAUUCUACCUCACCUUCCACCAGCCCGACUUUCUGGAACUACAGUCGUUCUGUGGGGGACUACGCACAAACGUUAAAGAAGUUUCAGUAUCAGCUUGCCUGUAGGUCUCAGGCCCCAUGUGCUAACAAAGAUGAAGCCGAUCUCAGUUCUAAACAAGCCGCAGAGGAGGUUUGGGCAAGAGUAACUAUGAAUAGACAACUUCUUGAUCACAUGGAUUCAUGGACAGCUAAGUUCAGAAAUUGGAUCAAUGAGACAAUAUUAGUGCCUCUUGUACAAGAAAUUGAGUCUGUCAGCACGCAGAUGAGACGAAUGGGUUGUCCAGAGCUGCAAAUAGGAGAGGCUAGUAUCACCAGCCUGAAACAAGCAGCUCUGGUCAAAGCUCCUCUCAUCCCAACCCUGAAUACAAUCGUGCAGUACCUAGACCUUACCCCAAACCAGGAAUACUUGUUUGAAAGGAUCAAAGAACUUUCUCAGGGAGGCUGCAUGAGCUCCUUUCGAUGGAAUAGAGGUGGGGACUUCAAAGGACGCAAGUGGGAUACUGACUUGCCCACUGAUUCUGCUAUCAUCAUGCAUGUAUUUUGCACCUACCUUGAUUCCAGAUUACCUCCACAUCCUAAAUACCCCGAUGGAAAAACAUUUACUUCUCAGCACUUUGUUCAGACACCAAAUAAGCCAGAUGUGACAAAUGAGAAUGUUUUCUGCAUUUAUCAGAGUGCCAUCAACCCUCCCCAUUAUGAGCUAAUCUAUCAGCGUCAUGUCUACAAUCUUCCAAAGGGCCGAAAUAACAUGUUUCAUACAUUAUUAAUGUUCCUCUACAUCAUAAAGACCAAAGAGUCAGGCAUGCUUGGGAGAGUUAAUCUUGGCCUAUCCGGUGUGAAUAUUUUGUGGAUUUUUGGCGAGUAGUGGGUCAUUUAAUUCUAAACAUUUGGACUUCUAGUUGACUGAAUCAGAAGUUGAAUCUAAGCAUCUCUGAGUCACCACCUCUUUUGUUUUAAGACACGUGUGUGUGUUACAGACUGUUUAGAUUUAAUGAAACAUUCGCUUUUAUAAAACUUCCUUGUAUAAGUAUGUCCCAUAUCUUCUACACCAAGAGACAUUGCCCUCAAUUUUUUAUUGCAUUUCUGGGUUUUUAGUUACCUACAAAACUGUAACCAUUCAGAUUGUUGUUGACCCAAAACAAUGCAAUUCCCCCUUAAUUAAAUAUGAGUCCUUUUUCAUUUUAACUUCCAAAUAAGAUUCAUCUACCGCAUUCUU